AUGAGCCGCAGUUUUGUUAGCAGCGCUGAUCUGCGCGGCUGCACUGCCACUUUCUGUGGCUGUUUGACGUACCAGAGGCGCUUUUGGGCCAAGCCGAAGAAGCGCCCGAAAGUUGGCUCCGGAUUUCAUGAGAAGGCGCAGAAGUGGCGCGAUGAGUACCUCCUCGACCGCCACCGCGUGUUGGCAGACAGUCUCCGAGCGUAUGUAGACUUCAGUUCUACAAAACGAGUAGAGCCGUGGGACACUCGCUUUGCCCCGUUUGACCGUGUCGAGAAAGAUGGCGUGUACAUCCUUACUCGCUACCUUAUGGAUGACAAACUACAGCUGUGUAACUACCACCAUCGUCCUGUGAAGCGUAUGCUGUGUAACGUGGGGCUAAUGGGCCCUCAGGUAACUACAACGGCGCGUUGGAAACCGUACCGCUUUGCGACCAAUCCUGCCAACACCACGCGUGCGGAGCGCACCUUCACCAAGGACAAGACAGUCUUCACAGGUUACCAUCACGAUUGA